GGAAACAAUUGGUACAAUUAUGAAAACGAAAAUGAUUGCGCCAAUUACUGUCCAGCUGAUGCACAGGUAUAUAGUUAUUUAGUUUCUACUAUGUGAUGAUUUGUGAAAGGGUAAGCUGGUUUUUGACUCUUUCCAAACUAGAGCGGUCUAUAAUUGAUUACGGCCACCGCUCUCUGGCCCAGGACGCAUCUGAUUGGUUAAUCCGGUAGAUUAAGCGCAUGCUAACUUUUACUACUUUUUUAUACAACCGUUCCCUGAUCGAAACCUUCUUCUUAGGACGAUGGUGAUGACGACGUAUUUGAUGGUGAAGAUGCGGGAGGAUUUAAUGAAUAUUCAUCACAGACUCUUAGUUCAUUUAACAACGAAACUGUGUUCCAGGGUGACAACCUUGUUGCACAACCAAAUAAGGUGAGGUGGAUGAAAUACAGUAGGUGGUGUUUGCACUGAAGGUAGGUUUUGGGCUUUUGGCACGGGGAGCAAUGGAGCAUUCCGUUUCCUUCUCAAAUUUUUAACCACACACCCAGGCCAUAUGAUGCAUGAUUUAGGGUAUAUUAUCAAGUAUAUACUCGGGUAACAGUGUUACAAGUGUUACACUAUCUUUAUUUAGGGGUAGGGUUAGAGUUAGUGUGUGUAACACUAUAUAACACGGUGGGGGUAGGGUUAGUGUGUGUAACACUAUGUAACACGGUGAGGUUAGGGGUGGGGUUAGGGGUAGGGUUAGUGUGUGUAACAUUAUGUAACACUAUGUAACACUGUCAACACUCUGUAGCACUGUGUAGCACUAUGUAACAAUGUGUAACACUGUGUAACACUAUGUAAGAAUAUGUAACAUUGUUUAACACUGUGUAACACUUGUAACAGUGUUACAACUGAGUGCCAUAAUAAAGCCACCCUAAAUCGUGCAUGGUAUAACCCAGGCUAGUAGUUUAUUGAACCUUGUGGCCAGUGUUGGAAAAUGUCUGGCAGCACCGAUGCCAGAAAAUGUUUACAGUAAUAAAAUAUCUUCCAAGGUAAUUUUCUUACAUCCAGCAGGAAAUUUUUGUCAUUUUAUAUAUAUUGAAAUGUCAUACAGUUUGCUUGUUGAUUUAAAAUGUAUUCAGGGACCCCGAAUGAAUAUCGAUAUACACAUAGCUAUAGCCACUUUAUAAAUGUCACAUACAGGUGCAGAAGAUCGACAUCGCGUAUUCAAAAACAGCGAAGAAAAUCGAUGUGAAAAAAGUAAAGAGGGCGAUGUGGGAUGUCAUGUCCUCGACACCACGUGAUGCAGAUAAAGUAAGAUCUAUAUAUCAUGUAGCUGCAUCUCUUCUAACUUCUCUAAUUGGAAAUGUGAAAAGGCACAGCAAUCUCUCUGUAUUAGAGAGUUACAACGAUGAUUGUACCACAUACACAAACUAUAGUAUCAUGAAAUGAUCGUCGUCGUCGUAUCGUAAAAAUUUAUUUCAAGACGCUAGCUUCAUCAACAUACGUUGGUUUUCAUGAGGGGCGACGUCAAUUUAUAUACAAACUAUUUACAAGAAAAUACGUAGAAAAAAAAGAAAAACUAUUUACAAGAGUGCAUGCUGAAUACAGGAGGUGUGACCCAUACAUUAAUAUUAGUAACAGAAUCAAAGAUUAAUAUUUUCUUUGAAACUAUGGAUUGAUCGUGUCUCUUUUGCUUCCCGAGAAAGGCUAUUCCAAAGCUUUGCCCCGCUGUAUUUAAAACUUUUUUUAGGAAUUCCCUUCUCGGUUUUGGGAGAGCUAAAGUUAUAGUUCGCUUGCGUUAAACUACUCCCAAUCAAUGACUCUUUCUGAGUGUCCGUAAUUCAUAUCGUUCUUUCAAGGAAAAUAUGCCAGAAAAUAAUGCAACCGAAGAUAUUGUCAAAGAGAGCGUUACGAAGCCAUGUAACUUUACUGAAUUGUAUCACACAAUCCCGAGCAAAAUGUCUAAACAAAUGGCAAAGAAUCUCUCCAUUCCAAUCGCUUUUGUUUGCUUGCUUCAUUUGGCAAACGAAAAGGUACUGUAAAUUAAAAUGUUCACGGCUCGGUCAAGGCCUUAUUGUGGCAUACUGUAGUUAUGCAGAUAUGGCCAGGAGCCUACUCCUGUUCAAGCACAUGAAAUGUUCAUGCAGAUGCAGUCUACCUACUGUAGUAACCCUUACUAAAGGGGAAGUUAUGAGAAUUGAGAAGCCAGAAUUUGCAUGACAAUUUUCUAAACUCUCAUCAUGAGUCGUGCCUUGGUUAAACCAGAACAACAGUUGCAUUAGAUUGAUGAGAGUUGACAAGAUAUUCCCCACAUAGCGAAAACUGAAAAAAUUAUGUUUGUGAUGUUGUUCUCAGUGUGUCCACAACGGGCAAGCAGAAACGUUUGUUUGACUGCGGUGGGAAUCGAACCCACACCUUUAAUUUUCCAGUACGAGGUAGCCCGCGUGCAGGCCCAAGGGAGCAGGCUCAAGGGAACUUGAUAUCAGUUCCCUUGGGCCUGCACGCGGGCUAAGUACGAGGUCAAGUCAGUUUGAAAUAUCAUCCACUUGAACCGAUUUGACCUUGUAGCUCAGUUGGUAGAGCAUUGGACAGGGUUCGUACACUUUCUCCCAUUUAGAAUUCCAUGACUUCCCAUGACCAUUUUUUUCAAAAUCCAUGACCUGGAAGUCUGGAAUUUCUGAAUUUGUUAAUAUUUUAACGAUAACAAAUAUAAUAAAAAAACAAACUUAACUUCGCUCUUCAAAAAAUCUGUUAUAUAACAACAAUUCAUAUUAUUGUUAUGACUGGUAAAUUGAAAUAAGUAAAAUACUUUGUUAAUGUUAUGUAAAAUUUCAAUUUUUCAUGACUUUCCAUGACUAAAAUUGAUUUUCCAGACCUGGAUUUUGGAAUAUUGAAAUUCCAUGACUUUCCAGGACCCGUACGAACCCUGAUUGGACUGGCAAACCAAAGAUCACAGGUUCGAUUCCCACUGCGGUCAAGCAAACUUUUCAGCUUGCCCGGUAUGGACACACUCAGAGCAACAUCACAAACAUAUAUCUUCACCUGAGUGUGCAACACCAGAAACAAAACUGAAAAAUUUACCAGCUAAAAGAGUUGAGUGUUGGUCAAAUGCAAGUAAGAAUUGCAACUCUCAUCAACUGUCAGUGCCUUGUUUGACCAGGGGUUAGCUGUUUGCAACUUUUAUAAUGAAGUUUUUCUGUUUGUUUUUCAGAACUUAAAACUCGAAGGUCGAACAUCAAUGGAUGAUUUCACUAUUACUCAAGGAGUUUAGCAGUGACAAAAACAUCAACUGUAUAACUGUAAUUAUGUGUAACAAAAUGCAAUAAUUUUUUUAUCUUUUAUUAGAAAUAGUUGAAUUUAUUAGCAUGUAAUACCACCAGGAAAUACAUACAGUGUAGUACAUAUAGAAAAUUGAAGCUAAGGAUUUUCUGAACUACAAUCUAAUACUUAUACCAAAUUCUUACUAUAAUUAUUAUUAAUGUUGUUUCCCCUUAAAUAGUUUUACCAACCCAGUAACAAUUAAUUGCCUAUAAAACAUAAAUACAUAACAGCAAGUAUUUCUUCUUCAUUUGAAAUGUCCAAAAAUGUUUGCCAUUAUUUAUAUUGGUUUUAGCACAAUCUAGAAAAGACAGUGAAUUAUAUUAAUCCGA